UACAAAAAAUACUACCUUCCAAAUUUAAACAGAGAGCAACAACUUCACAUUCAUUCUAUACAUACACGUGUCUGUAUGUAUACACAUUAACCAUUCUUUCAAUUUCUUCCCAUCCAUCAUCAAUGGCAGCUUCAAGGAGCUAUUUCGCCACGGCAAACUAUCGUUUCCUCUCCACCGAGCCAGACCUUGCGAUGACUCCUGAUUCGGUGUUCGAGUUCGACGAAUCAGACGUGUGGAACUCAUCGACGGUUUCUCGGUCACCGGAAUUUCAUAAGAAAUCUCCGAGUUCAAGGAUCUCGAGGAAGCAGCGCGAAACGAAGAGCUACCGAAAAUGUUCCGGCGCGACGGCGACAGCGACAGCGACGACGACUGCGGCGUCGUUGCCGGUGAAUGUACCGGACUGGUCGAAGAUACUGAAGGAUGAGUACAGAGAGUACGGAAGGAGAGAUAGUGAUGAUGAUUUAGACGACGAUGAUUUGGAUAAUCGGAUUCCGCCUCACGAGUUUUUGGCGAAGCAGUUAGAAAGGACACGAAUUGCAUCGUUUUCCGUGCACGAAGGAGUUGGGCGGACUCUCAAAGGGAGAGAUCUGAGUAGAGUCAGAAAUGCUAUAUGGGAGAAAACUGGAUUCCAGGAUUGAUCCUUUUUAUUCAAAUCUUAACUAUUUUGAUCCUUUUCUUUUUUUUUUACUU